CUGCACUACACUUCCCUGACCUUUGCAUACAGACGGAGCUGCUACUCAGCUACAUGGACGUCCGCAGAGUAUCUAACCACAAUCAAAUGGAUUAUAACCUGGACAACAUGGAGCCCAAACACGGGAAAAUGUUGCCCUGCCAAGAGGACCGUUUUGACAGCGGCCUGGAUUCCCUGAAGGAGGACGAGCUGGUGAACGAGUUUGAGGACAUGGCUGUGAGCACAAGCGAGGACCUCACACAGGAAUACGAGCCUUGGAGAAGUGCGGUGACUGAAGACGGUGACACGCUUCUACACUUGGCCAUCAUUCAUGAAGCCACUGAACAUGCCCUCCAGAUGAUCAAGCUGUCCCACAAUCACCCCUUCCUCAAUGUACAGAACCACCAGAGACAGACUGCCCUCCACCUAGCAGUGAUCACAGAACAGCCCCAGUUGGUUGAGAGGCUCCUGAAGGCCGGCUGUGACGCUCGGCUGUCCGAUGACAGCGGGAACACGGCUCUCCACAUCGCCUGCAAAAAGGGCUCCCUCGCCUGCUUUGGCGUCAUUACCCAGAACUGCCAACGCCACCUCACCUCUAUCGUGUCCUUCCCCAACUACAGUGGACAAAACUGCCUCCACUUGGCCUCCAUAAACGGCUACAUUUCAUUGGUUGAAAACCUCGUUCAUCUGGGUGCAGACAUCAAUGCACAGGAACAGUGCAGUGGGCGGACGUCACUCCAUCUGGCCGUGGAUCUCCAGAACCUCGCACUGGUCCGUUGCCUCCUUGACCUUGGCGCCGACGUUAACUGCUUUAACUAUGGCGGCUUCACAGCGUACCACCUCACUUACGGGCGCCAAAACGAAGAGAUCCGCCACCAGCUGUACGAGAGAACGGCGCAGGAGCUCAGGGAGCUGCCUGAGAGCGAAUCAGAUGAGAGCGAUAUGGAGGAGGGGGACGUAUCGGAAGAUGAGCUGUACGAUGACAUAAAGUUCGGAAAAUAAACAGAACUGUCCCUCCACUGGUGAAGAAAGUGAAGCUGCUACUGGGUUGCCCAGCCACGGCCCCACAUCAAGGGACAUGUCAGUACGCGUCCCCCGUCCAGGUCCAGGUCCACAGGCGGUGGUCUUGGGACCACAAACAUGAAUGAAGACGGUGUCAAGUCUGGUCAAGUGCGGUCCAGAUCACAGAACGAUCUGCACCAAAAAACCAUAAUACAGCAAGACCACGACCUCCAUAAAGUCCUUUCAUAUACUGUAUAAAUAUAUAUUGAUGUGUACAUACCAGAGAAGACGUGUAAUAUAUUGUACAUACAGAGAUAUUAUUUUUUUUACCUGUACAUAUGUUGUGUGUGAAUUUAAACACUAUUAACAAAAAAUGGUUAAGAAUAAAAAAGUUUAUGAAUUUAAA